CCCAUGCCCCCAACCCGGCUUAUGUAUAUGCGGUUAUCAUUCUAACAAGCAGUCUGAACUUUGAGGGUUCAAAUUUCUUCUGUCAUACUUUAUGUUAAAAAAAAAAAAAAAUUUCUAUAAUCCUCUGAGAAGUACUGUUUGGAUCCUUGCUCCUUGUCAAAUACUUUUCAAUUUGACAGAACACAAUGAGGGCUAUAGUGUUUCGCAAGUGUGGUGGCCCUGAAGUGUUGGAAUUGAGGGAAGUUGAUGAACCCAUAGUUAAACCUCAUGAGGUUUUGAUCAAGGUACAAGCUGCCACUGUGAAUAGAAGAGAUCUGUGGCGGCGAGAGGGGCGUUAUAGCCCCCCUGAAAGGAAGAACCUUCUUGGCUUUGAAUGUUCAGGGUCAGUCGUUGAAGUUGGUAUAAUGGUGAAGGGAUGGACUAAAGGCAACCAGGUGUGUGCUUUUCUUCCAGACGGUGGAGGGUAUGCUGAGUUGGUGGCUGUCUCUGCAGUUCAUGUUCUUCCUAUUCCAAAGGGACUCAAUGUAGUAAAAUCUGCUGCAUUACCAUGCGCAGCAGCUAUAAUUUGGCUGGGCUUUUUUUCCAUGAACAAACUUAAUUGUCAUGACAAAAUACUGAUACAUGGAGGAGCCGGGGGUGUUGGAUCGUUGGCAAUUCAAAUUGCCAAAAACCUAGGGUGUACUGUAUAUGCAACAGAAGGAUCUGAUGAAAAGGUAAGUUUUUGCAAGAAAUUAGGAGCUGAUUUUGCCAUUAACUACAAGACAGAAGUUUUCUCCAAUUGUGUGCACAAAACUGCAAAAACUGGGGUUGAUUGCAUUCUAGAUAACAUGGGUAGAAAAUUUAUGGAACAAAAUUUGGAAACACUUGCUAUUGGCGGAAAGCUUAUCAUACAUGAGCAUGAUGGUGUUUGGCCUCGGAGUCUCGUAAACUUCAAGCAACUUGCUGCAAAGGGGCUCCAAGUCAUGGGUUUGGAUUUAUACACUUUAAGUGACACCAAAUUAGCUAUUGUGCUUCAAGGAGUACAAAGAGAUGUUUGGCCGAUGAUUGCAAAGCAGGAUUUUACCCCUGGGAUUGACAAUGCAGUUUUCAACUUUAACAAAGCACCUGAUGCACAUAAGCAUUUUGAGAGCAACAAACACAUUGGAAAAAUCUUGUUAACGCCCCUAGCAGGUAAAUGAUGCAGUGGUUUCCCACUGGCUGUUCUCCAUUUAUGCGGUAAUUGGAGGUAGCACCGGAUAGCUUGUUGACUUCUCAACAUUUUAUUUUUGUGGUCAUUGUGAAUAGCUUGUGGUAGCUUUGUGUUUCAAGUUAUCUGCAUUUUCUUAGUGAUACUUAGACCACAAAACUAGCAGACAUGUUUGCAGACUGUAUGAUAUGUUUUCAUACUGCUGAAAUAUAAACUUUACCACUUUUGUACUAGUCUGUCUAUUGGUUUUGCAAUGAGUGGUAUGGGCAUCAUAUAAAUGAUACACACUGUGUAUUUUGCAUAGAGGAAGUUUGUUAUGCAUGUUAAAUUAGUAAUCAACUCAGCCUUGACUGCAUCCUCUCUUUGUUGGAGAGUGGGGAUGGUUGGAGGUCUAGUAUCUU